UAAAAAAUGUAUUAAGACACAUUAAAUAGGCAAUAUCUAUUUUAUACUUCUCUAAUAAAUGCUAUCAAAUUAUUAGGAAAAAUAAUUAAUGAAGUAAUUACAAUGUGUUAGAAAAGAAAAAUAAAAGUUGUAAGAACCACUUAAAUUUGAAAAAAUAUCGUUUUGCACUUCAAUUUGAAAAAGAAUGGAUUAUAAUCAUACAAUAACUAAAAGCUGAAUAUCCUCAAUGGAGAGGUCCUCCACGUCGGCAAAAAAAUCGACCAAUCAGGAGAUCCUUUUUGACACGUCAUCUCGGCUGUGGUUUGUUGGGCUUCGAUUUUUUUUUAAAGAUAGAAUGUUAAUGAUGUUGGCCCAGGAAGCUCAUGCGUUUGCUCUUGGCCUUCUUGGUUUCACCUUUCGAUCUGCUGAAAGUGGAGAGAUUCACGUUUCCCUUUCUUAUUUCUCCAAACCCCAGUUUGCUAGAUCCAUUCGUGAAACCCUUUGCUCUUCCUUUCUUCGUUUCCGUUUUACGAUCUGAUCCAGGAUCAAUCAAUACAUCCUCCACAAUUGAUUGAGAUGGCUCCAGGUCCAGAUCCGAACAGCGUUGGUGAUGGUGCGAAGCGGGAUGAAGCUACGACAAAGGUUCCUUCUAAGGAUCCCAAGAAGAAGGAUGAUAAGAAAAAGGAAGAUCUGUCUGAAGAGGACUUGCAACUGAAGCAGAACCUGGAGCUCUAUGUUGAGAGGGUUCAAGACCCUAAUCCUGAACUGCAGAAGGUUUCUCUCGAAAGCAUGAGGCAGGAGAUCCGUGCCUCAACAAGCUCCAUGACGUCGGUUCCAAAACCCCUCAAGUUUCUCCGUCCUCACUAUGGAACUCUUAAGGAGUUUCAUAAAAAUAUGGUGGAGUCCGAUCUCAAGAAAUUGCUGGCUGAUAUACUAUGUCUGUCUUGGCACUGACCAUGUCUGCUGAGGGUCAAAGGGAAAGCUUAGGAUACAGGUUGACUGGAUCAGAGGGUGACAUCGGAUCUUGGGGUCACGAGUAUGUCAGGAAUUUGGCCGGUGAGAUUGCAGAAGAGUAUACAGUUCGUCAGUGAAAGAAUAGUAUGCAAUCGUUCUUUGGAGCUAAACAUCGUUCCUUUGAUGAAUUGUCGAGAAUGUCACUGACCUACUUAGACAUCACAGAUUGCUACAUGUUAGACCGGAUGCCAAAGAGGUUGUGCAGGGGAGCCUCAGUUGUACAAUGUUAAUAUUACUCUUAAAAUCUGGCUUGAUCUUACAGUUUCAAGUUUUUUUUUUUUUGUGUGCAGGGGAGCCUCAGUAAGGACUCUAGGGAAAAAUAUUGGAGCCAAAGAUACAGCCUCAAGGAGACUUCCAGAAAAUUUUAGUAAAUAGUUAAUCUAGAUCUAGAUGAAGCUGCGGUGAAAGUUACCUCAAGGUGUGGAAGUAAUUCUAGAUCUAGAUGAAGCUACGGUGAAAGAGAUGAGAAAGCAAGAGGAGAUUGCUAAAGCCAAGCUAGCCAUGGAAAGGAAAAAGAAGCUGGCAGAGAAAGCCGCUGCUAAAGCUGCCAUAAGAGCU